GCGGGUUUCCUCCAUUCCCCCGGCCUCGCUAGCUCCGCCCGCUCGCCGCGUGCUCCCGCCUCCCUCUCGGCAGCCCGUGGGGAACUUGGGAGAAGCAAGCGCAGGGCGUGCUAACGCACCCUUGCAUCCUUCGUUCCAGCAGCCCGUGGGGAACUUGGGAGAAGCAAGCGCAGGGCGUGCUAACGCACCCUUGCAUCCUUCGUUCCAGCAGCCCGUGGGGAACUUGGGAGAAGCAAGCGCAGGGCGUGCUAACGCACCCUUGCAUCCUUCGUUCCGCAGAAUGCCUGUCUGGGGCGGUGGAAAUAAGUGCGGGGCCUGCGCAAGGACCGUGUACCACGCCGAGGAGGUGCAGUGCGAUGGGCGGAGCUUCCACCGCUGCUGCUUCCUGUGCAUGGUCUGCAGGAAAAAUUUAGACAGCACCACAGUGGCAAUUCAUGAUGACGAGAUCUACUGCAAAUCUUGCUAUGGAAAAAAGUACGGACCAAAAGGCUAUGGUUACGGCCAGGGCGCUGGCACGCUCAACAUGGACCGUGGUGAGAGGCUGGGCAUCAAGCCAGAGAGCGCUCAGCCUCACAGGCCUACAACAAACCCAAACACUUCUAAAUUUGCCCAGAAAUAUGGAGGUGCCGAGAAGUGUUCCAGGUGUGGGGAUUCUGUCUAUGCUGCCGAGAAGAUAAUCGGAGCUGGAAAGCCCUGGCACAAAAACUGCUUCCGAUGUGCCAAGUGUGGGAAGAGCCUUGAGUCCACAACUCUAACUGAGAAAGAAGGCGAGAUCUAUUGUAAAGGGUGCUAUGCAAAGAACUUUGGGCCCAAGGGAUUUGGCUACGGUCAAGGAGCAGGGGCCCUAGUUCAUGCACAGUGAUGGUGUGAACCCAGAACGCGGCACCACACACAGAAUCUUCACUACCGAACAGAGAUGGCCUUCCAGCACUCACUCCUGUGGAACCCGACCAGCACACGACACUGUGCACCACAGCUCUACCUGCACCGGCGGCUGUGCUCGCUCGCUCGCUCGCUCGCUCGCUGGCUCAUUCCCUGGCAUUUAAGAGCAUCUCUUUUACAUCUGAAAUAAAGUUUCGGCUUGAUCUGG